CAACCUUUUGAAUAUUAUGUUGACAUCAAAACAUAAUUCUUAUAUACGUCAACAUUUUGUGUAACUCCUGAUAACAGCCUCUUUUUAAAAAGAGGGUUUUUUCCACGGUGAACGUAUUUAUUCAACCUUGACAGAGCCCCACGCCAGCUGCUGCGCCUGUUGUGAGUAAAGGAAUCGGUGCUCACAUUCAGAGAGCCACCCGCAGGUGCUGUGCUCACUAUCAGACCGAGGCUCAGAGAAUGCACUAAUAUGGCGGCGAUCAGAACGAGUGGAGUGAUGUCGCCGUCAAGUAUACUCGUCAUUUUUCUGUGUUUCUUGCAAUUUUCAGGAGGAAAAGAAACCCCAGAUCUGAAAGAUGUGGAGGACUGGGCCAAAGAAGUUGACGACAAGCUGUGGAAUUUCAACUAUUUAGUGGAUGUUGUGAGAGCUACUUACAAAGAAAAAAGCACGGACGCGAAUCCAGACCCAGGCAUUCGCAUGCAGUAUGAGAAAGUUAACGAAGAAGAAAUGGUUCAGACGAUGGCAGACAGCCUUGCCCAAAUGUUGAAGAAAAAAAUGGAUGCUUUGAAGCUGUCUGUUGAGAAAGCUGAAGAAGUGGCAGCUAAUUAUGAGUGGAACAAAAACCUGGUGAAAGAUAAUGUUCAUUAUGUGAACGCUAAAGAAAUUCUAAGCAACGGGCUGGAACUGACGUAUGAUGAACGUUUUGGAAAAGGCGUUAACUUGAACACUUCAAGUGUGCACAUACCUGUGGAAAUAUAUGACGGAAAUAUUGAUAUAUUGAACGGCUUGAACUGGUCUGCGGCCCUGGAGAAACAGUUUGAGCUGAACUACAAGGCUGAUCCGGAGAUCCAGUGGCAGUACUUUGGUUCCCAGACAGGCUUCAUGAGGACAUAUCCUGCGACCCAGUGGCCUGGAAAUGGAGUGGAUCUUUACGAUGUGAGGAGACAAUCUUGGUACACGCAGGGCUCCAGCUCUCCCAAGGACAUGAUGAUCCUGAUUGACACGAGUGGCAGCACACACGGCCAGUCGCUGCAGCUGAUGCAGAACGCGGUCAAGUCCAUUCUGGAUACGCUAGGGGAGAACGAUUUUGUCAAUAUUGUUUCAUUUGCAGAAAAAGCGACAUUUGUCAGCAAAUGCUUGAACCAUACGGCCUUUGUGCAAGCUAACUACAGAAACAAGAAGCAACUGGAAAGAGACGUCGACCGUCUCAAAGCGCUCGGACAAGCAGACUUCAGCGAAGCUAUCAAAUUUGCCUUUGAAAAGUUCAUUGAGUUCAGCCAGAAUGAGACGAACGACGAGAACAACAUCGGCGCCAACUGCAACAAGGUGAUCAUGUUGUUGACCGACGGAGGCACCGACAACGCCAGGGACGUGUUCAAGAAGUACAACUGGGACAAUAACAACAAAACGGUCCGUGUGUUUACCUACGCUGUGGGACCCACCCCAAACCCAAUCACAGCGGUCAGGUGGAUGGCCUGUGCAAACAGAGGUUACUUCUCUCAGAUUCCUGCCAUGGGAGCCAUCCGAGCCAGAGUCCAGGAGUAUAUCCCUGUCCUGAGUCGGCCGCAGGUCAUCAAAAACAAGAAAACCUUUGAGUGGGGCAACAUUUAUGAGGACACUUUGGGGCUUGGCAUGAUGACUACAGUGACUUUGCCGGUCUACAACCGCAGCGCGGGAUCUUCGAACCAGACCAUCCUGGGAGUAAUGGGGGUUGAUGUGACCACGGCUGAGCUGGAGUCCAAGUCGCCGUUUUCUAAGAUGGGGCCAAACGGAUACACAUUUGCUAUUAACCCAAAUGGCUAUGUGGUGUUUCAUCCUAACCUGAAGACAGGGGGCACCUUCAUGAAAGAACCGCCCAAUGUGGACAUCAUGGAGUUGGAGGUUCACAGGGAAGACAAGGAUGAUGCGAUUAAUUCGUUACGGAACAGCAUGAUAGAAGGCAAUCGAGGCAAGAAAGUGAUCACCACCUUGUUCUUAUCUCCUGACCAAAGAUAUGUGACUGAGAGCCAGGCUCGCUACGCCUUCACGCCGAUCGAAAACACAACCUUCAGAUUGGGCAUCAGCGUUCCUCUCUAUCAAAAGAUGUACCCAAAAUUUGAGGGAUCCAUACCUGCCUUAAGAUGGAAGAAUCUGGAAUCUGAUUUCUACAGCAUUUUGGUUGCCCCCUGGAACUACUACAAAAAUGCAACACAUCCAGAGAAACAGACGAUGGACGAUCUUCAAACUUGGCUCAGCAAUGACCCAAACCCUGACCACUGGAACCUGGACCUGCUGUACCACCUGUACUGGGACACCCACAUCCUGGAGUCAGGGCUCAUCACCUUCCUCAGGAACAACAUGCGGAGUCAGAAGAUAACUUAUUUCAUCAUGACCAAUGGAGGGAUGACGGUUGUCAGUCCCAAAAGUGAGGCCAAGUUUUUUGAGUCGAUGCGCGACCCUCGUGAAUCCUCCCUGUACAAGCGAGCUCUUCAUUCUCCGUCGUGCAUCUAUAUGGCAGACUAUAGCGAAGCCAAACGGCCCAACACUUCAGACAGCGCUCAGAUCACCAUGGCCUGUGGGAUCUCCAUCAAGAAGAAAAUAUCUGGCCAGGACCUGGUCAUUGACAAGCCUGUGGUUGUUGGUGCCCGUCUGAGCCACGACAAAUUGUUUGACCUGGUGCGAGACGGGAUGGGCAAGGCGGGUCUGGACACCACCAAACUGCUGAGCUGCGAUGAUGUGGAGUCGCUCUACUGUUACCUGGUGGACGACGGGGGGUUUGUGGUAGCCUCCAAUCAGGACGAUGCUCAGCAGCAGAUUGGCCGUUUCCUGGGCCAAGUUGACCCGACGGUGAUGGGCAAAUUGCUGAAUGAGGGUUACUUCCUCCAGACUGUCCAGUACGACUUCCAGGCCGCAUGUGUGAAAACUGACGACACGGUCAGCGCUGGCUUUAAGAGCUUCCAAAUUCCCUCAAUGACAUUGCUGUAUGAAGUUCUGAACGUAGGCUGGUGGACAAGCAAAGUCUCAUGGGCCUUUGUUAACUUCAACUUGUACAGCUGGUUGUUUUCCCCCAGCACUCAAGUUUGGGCGGAGGAGGAUGGGGAGGAUGAGGAGAAGCCGUGCGUUGAAGCGAUGCAGCAAUAUUAUCUGGAGCAGCGGGACCCCCGGCCGAUGACUUUUGGCGUCCAGUGUCAGAACUGUACCAGGAAUUACACAGUGGUGAAGAUGAGGCACACCAACCUGCUGUUCAUCGUCACCGACCCCAUGUGCGAGGAGUGCACGGAGGAGUAUCCCCCACUAUCCCAGGCUCCCCGGGAGGUGUCGGAGGAAGAGGAGGAGAGCAUCAUCUGUGAGCUGGCGCAGAAUCCACGCAAGAGACUCCAGCCUUUUGGGUGCUAUCACGCUGACCCCAGGGAGAACAGCAAACAGUGUGGCUGUGCCGCCCUCCGGGUUUCCUAUUUGUCGAUAUUCCUAGUAUGUUUAUCUGUCGUGCGGAGUUAUCUAUCGGACAGUCGGUGAUGGCUGAGUCCGCUGUGGCCAUGGCAACGACAAUAUUCAUCAAAGCAAAGACAAGUUUUGAAUCAACGCAACAGGACUGUGCUGGCCAGCUAAAAGCAUACAGUGAUCGGUUUUCAACCCCCUGCUCUGUCCCGAGAUGACCUUCAGAUGUAUGGAUUGACCUGUGACCUUGUCACUUUCCUUCAUGGAGAUCAUAUUUGAAAGUUGUUAGUGAUUGUUAGCGUUUAGUACAGGAAAGUUAUUGAAACAUGUUACAAAGUUUUUGGUGAAGCUUAAUUAAGGUGUACCGUACCUAAAUUUUCUGGAUGUAACUUUGGAAAGUUUGAGGUGUGCAAAAUCAUGUCAUGCUGAAUUUUUCUGUAUGUCAUUGUAUUCUAAGAUUUGUGGCAACUGCCAAUAUUUCUGAUGCCAGAAAGUUCUGUCAUUUAAUUGCUUUUAGUUAGGAUGUGGGUUAAGGCGGGAAGGAAUGUGGCCUAUUUGGUUUCGUUUUGUUUUUUUCCCCACCUUUCUCGUGGUUUUCACUACCUGAUCCUUGUUCUUGAGAUCACCGCUAUUUAUAUCAAUAAUUGUUAUUUUGAAUGAGAUUUAUGAGCCUGGUGUUGUUUUAUGCUGAAGUGAGCAGGAACUAUUUUGUUGUACGCCAUGACCUGUGAAAUGGUUGUGUGUUGUUUUUGGUGCAACCGGACUUGAUUCCUUGAUUUUGUUUGCUGGCUUGAUAUUGUGUGUUUCUUUUGUCUUCUCACAGGUGCACUAAAUCUAUGUUCUGAAUGUCAACCUUUUGUGCCAUUUGAGUCGGGGGGAGAAUUGCUACACCAGAAGAACUCACGCUGGACAUUUGUGGGGAAAUGUUGAGUUAUAAUAGGAUGACGUGAACAUGAAUGCGGAGAGAUUUUUGUCUAUCAGUUUUUCUCUCAUUUUUGGAGGGUGAAGGUUCAGGGAGUUUUUGAGAAGGCAUAGGUUUUUAUUGAGCAUGGCUGAUUCACAGAGGCUGGGAAUUUUGGUUCCUUUUGAGUUCUCAAUAGAAGUGAUGUAUCAUCUUCCAAGAUUGAUUUUCAACUUUGUCAUGGACAUGGAGUUAAAAAGAAAUCAAGUGUGACAUUUGGCCACUUUCAAGCA